AGGUCCAGGUGGACCUGCGGAGGAAGCGAACAACAGCUGAACCACCAUCGGGUGAAAUAGCACUCCUGCCUCGGCAAGACUUCUGUAUGGUCUGUGGUUGUUCCUUUUUCUUUACUGAUGUUCCUGUGUCGGGCGACGCAUCUGUUGUUGUCUGCCUAUUGUUCCUUCCUCUCUGAAGUUCCUGUGUCGGUGUCGGUGUCUCUGUUGUCUCUCUCUUCUUUAGUUGCAAGUUGGUAUUAGUAAGAGCAAAAUGGCAAUGACGUUGCGCGUGGUUCUUAACAAAGCCGUGGGUCGUCAACUCAAAGGAGGCAAGCUAGGGUUUUUGGGUGCAAUCAGCAGUGGCUGCCAGCACUCCAUCGUCGGCCACAAUUCUUCACGCUCAAAUAACAAUAAUGAUACUCAUCUACCUUCCUCGAAUUGCUGGUGUCGUCACUACUAUUUUCUACCAUCUCCUCCGGCCGUAAGAGUUCUCGAUUUCCCGACUGUUGCUGGCGUUCGUCGUGUCCACGAUGCCGAGACCGACGAUAGGGUCAGAAAAUUGGGUGAAUUUGCAGUCAAGGCUCGCAAUCAGGGCUCCGCCCAGGAUGGUGUUGAUGGUGGAGUGGAAAUUCAGUUUGUGAGGCCGGUGAGAGCAAGCUUUAAGCUUUCGAUGGGCCUUAUCUACUACAUAACGCUCGAGGCACUUCGUGGAAAAGCCGACAUGAAUGUCUACUAUGCGGAAGUUCUCGACUGCCCUGACCAAAAUCUGUUGAAAUUGAUCAAGUGGGAGCAGGUCAAUGAGUCAUUCUCCUACCCCUUCGAAGAAAUAAGAUUGAGCAAGUUUCUUGAGAAAAAGUACCGACGCGAGAGAGCAGCUGCCAAGAACUAUCUAGUGAGCACAUUGCUUGAAGAACUGGAACUACGAUGUAGAAUCCCUGAGGGCGCCAACAGAUAUUCUGAAGCAAAAUUCCAACAAAAUUGGGGACCUGGGAUGCUGAACAUUGAUGAUGGUCCACCUACUCCACCUGAAACUUUUUAUCUUUGGGCUACUUUCACCCUCGGUAUCGUCCCAGUUUUUGACAUUAAAACUUAUGAAAUGGUCUACGAGUAUGCUAUGUUUGCAAUAGGGGCUCAAUUUAAGAAUGAGGAUGAGCGAGUUCACCUUAAGGACGUGUUGUGGGCAAGCAAAUCCAAGGACAAUAAUGGCUGGGUCUAUCAUAUAGUUUUAGAAGCUAUAAAUGGGAAAAGCGAGCUGGACUUUUACUAUGCCAUAGUUAAAGCAUCCCCCAUGAGGCAGUUAGAGUUGAUCAAAUGGCAUCAGAUUGGUGAAUCUUUGCGCUGCCCUGAUGAGGAAGAGGAGAAAAGAUUUGAUGAACCGAAUUAUGAACCCCCGCCUAUACUUGCGGAGACACCGGAAAUAUAUGAUUAGAAUUGUAUUGUACCGCCGUGCCACUGGAUUCUACUGUAUAAUCAGCAGUGCAUGUGUAAGUUUGGCAAUGUAUUUUCUUUCAUUUACAAUGUUUAUCUAAUCACGUCUUAAUUAUAUUUACCUAAUCUUGUGAUGCUC